CCCUUCUUGGCUUCUUGUGUGGUCUGGUCUGACCAUUAUGUUAUAGGCUGAAUCUAAAUGGUACACAAAGUAGAAUUCUUUAUUCGCACAAAUUGGGUUCGUUUUUUAAUUUAAAAUAAUAAGUCCCUGGAAAUUGAUUAUUGGAUCUAAAAAAGAAUAAGCAAAAAUGCCGAUGGGAGGUGGGAAGGGAAGUAAACAAGACAAAAUAAACAACGGGAGCCAGAGAGAGAGAGAGAGAGAGAGAGAGAGAGAGGGCGGAACGUCGAUGAUAAAGAUGGAAAGCGAGAGGGGGAAGGAAGAAUGGUUUUGAAAGAUUUGAACCCACCACCACCUUGUUUAUUGUCUUCGUCCCAAUCCCUCCUUCCAAACUGUAAUUUGCUUAAAUUUCAUUCACCCGCCUCCCUCAAAUCCCCUCUCGAAACCCUGAACCUUACUUUGUCUCCUCCUCGAAUUGCCAUUUUCCAUUCUCCAGGUAAGCUACCCACUGCCCACAAUUCCUUUCUGUCUAAAUCUGAGAGACUCCGUCGAUUCAAGCUUGUCCAUCUGCUGAUUUGCAGGCAUUUUUCUUUGAUCUGUGUGUAAAGUUCGCUGCUUUUCUUUAACUCUGAAUCAAGCUUCGUUGGUUUGCUGUUACUUUUCGUCCUUCUGAUAUCGCUGCUGAGCUUCAAAAUCUGCAGCAGCCUAACUCAUUUUCUACUGCUGGGAUUCGCCUAUCAGUGAUGCCUUUGUUUUCAAUCUUAUUUCCACUAGAUUGUUUUUUGCUGGUAGUGGCAUGGUUUAACCAAACGGAAUUUGAACUUAGCUCUUUCUUCUUCAUCCUUUCAUUUGGAGAAGAUGCAUGCCUGUGCUUGUAAUCUUUCCUAGUUCUAUUGAUGAUUCAGCUGCUUUAGAUGUUUGUAGGGUUUAAAGGUCGUUCAUUUCUUGAAGAGUAUCGAUUUCCAUGUUAGUCUGGAACAUAACAAGUGUGAUAGUGGUCAGUAUUACAAGCUGCAACCAGGUUCAAAACAUAAGGCAGAUUACAAAUCAGAUGUGCCAUCUAUGUUUUUCCUUUAGGUAGAGUCUCUUGCCUACCAAAACUAUCUCAGUGGGCUGGAGUUAGAUGGUGGAAGGAUUCACUGAAACCUAUAAAGAUUUUCAUAUGGAAGAUUAGUAGCCAGAACCAGAAAGUUAUGUAAUUGCUGUAGUUGGUUUGACCUUUUGCUAAUUUAUUGCUCUUAAAAGUUCCAACUUCCAACUAUGGUUGCAUGCUUUCUUCUGCGAAUUCUAUGUCAGAGUUCCAACUGUAGCUUGCUUUGACGGGCAGAAGCUAGUUUUUUUUAGCAAUUUGAUCCUUUUGAUGGAAUGUUCUAUUGCAGAUAUAGUUGGUGGACUUUUUGCUGUACAUGAAUGUAUGCACUUAGUAUGAAGCGCUCUUUUUUGGUUUGUGUGGGAUCUGCUUUACCUUCUCUAUUCUCACUUCGUGUUGCUUUUACAGGAUGUAUUAGAAAAAUUUAAUGCCGGUCAAGGAUUACUGGAUUUGAUACCCGAUUGAGUUUGUUAUUGUCUACCUCAGCUGCAUAAUUUUGUGAUUAGGCAUUUAUGCCGUGGACACUCAGUAUGCACAGCUGAAUUGAGUUGACUGAAUUCUCAAAUAUCGUGAUGGAGCAGUCCGGUGUCCAUCACCAAUACGAUCCCAGGGAACAUGGACUGGAAGGUUUCCACCCUUCAUCCCAAGCAUUUACCGUGGACUCUACAAUCAGUGGACUUCCACACUUGAUACUGCACCCUGACCAAAAUCUGUCUGAAGUUAAACCCGUACGUAAUUUCUCAAUACAGACUGGGGAGGAAUUCGCCCUGGAAUUCAUGCGUGACCGAGUUAAUCCCAAGAAUUCUUUGUUCCCAAACAGCGGUGCUGAGCCCAACUAUGCAACAGGUUAUAUGGAACUGAAGGGCAUUCUAGGCAUAAGUCAUACAGGAUCAGAAAGUGGAUCCGAUAUAUCUAUGGUCACCAUUGUUGAGAAAGGUAAAGAAUUUGAGAGAGCAAACUCUUCUUUACUUGAAGACAGAAGCAUGUAUGGUUCAGUUCGGUCUAUACCACGGUCUCAUUCGGGCUAUGAUAGCAGAGGAACUCUAAAUGGUUAUCCAUCUUCUGGAGCUUCUGGUUCAUUGACCAAGAUGAGAGUCCUCUGUAGCUUUGGUGGUAAAAUCCUACCCCGUCCUAGUGAUGGAAAGCUAAGGUAUGUCGGAGGUGAGACACGAAUUAUACGCAUAAGUAGGGAUGUUUCUUUCCAAGAGCUGAGGCAUAAAACUUUGGCCAUUUAUAGCGAGGCUCAUGUGAUAAAGUACCAACUUCCUGGUGAAGAUCUUGAUGCAUUAGUUUCCGUUUCAUGCGAUGAGGAUCUGCAGAAUAUGAUGGAGGAAUGGAGUGAGGUUGAGGAUAAAGAAGGGUCUCAGAAGCUAAGGAUGUUCUUGUUCUCCAGGAGUGAUUUGGAUGAGUCUCAGUUUGGGAUAGGAAGCACGGAAGGUGAGUCUGAGAUUCAAUUUGUGGUUGCUAUAAAUGGAAUGGACAUUGGAUCAAGAAAAGGUUCAGCUUUGCAAGGCUUGGGGAGCUCUUCUGGGAAUAAUUUAGACGAGCAGGAUAGGUUAAAUGGUGACGUGGAGGCUAAUAGAAGUGUUCCACCUAUCGCAUCUUCUACGCCAGUAAUUCAAAGCUCUUCCCUUGAGUAUGAAGCUCCUCCUCAGUUUUAUCCCGUUCACAUGGCGAAUCAUGGAGAAAGCCAGAUGCCUUUGCACUAUCGAAAUGGUUCAUCUAAUUACUCUCAGUUUGGAGAAACUCCUUAUCCAAUGCCAUUCUAUGGAGUCUUGCCCAAUGCACAAGGAGGGGUGAAUGAAGGAUGGCCAUAUGGAAACUUUCAAGUGCCAAACUCACAUGUUCUAGUAAAUGAGGCGAAUAUGAAGCCUGAUGGCUAUAUUCAGCAGGACUCUGACUUGCUGCAAAGAACCUCUUACCCUGCUCCUGUCGAUGAAGCACAGGCUGCAGCGACUAAUAAUUUACAUUCUGUCAGUUCCAGAAAUGAGGGAGCGACACAGGAACCGGAAAACAAGGCUAGGGGUGAAGAUGCUCAAUGUCUUCCAACAUCUAGUGCUGCUGCUGCUGCUGGUCCUUCUGUUUCGGAUCCUGUUGACUUGAGUUAUCUCGAGUCAACCAUUCCUCCACAAAGAGUGUACUUUUCUGAGAGACUACCGAGGGAACAAUCGGGCUUGUUCAGUAGGUUAUCUAAAUCUGAUGACUCCCUUGGUCCACAGAUUCUUGGUUCUCAUUCACGUCCUGGUAUUCCCGAGCAUGAUUCAGUUGCAGAAUCUGUUGAAAAGUUGGGUCAAAGUAAUCAAACUUCUCAUGAUGAACACUCCAAUGCUGAUGGGAAAACCCUGCACGUAGAAGAGCCUGGAAAUGGUAGGCUUCAGGAUUCUGAAGAUCUGUUGCAAAACAAAGAGGCUGUUACAGACGCCAAACAAGUGGAUAUUGUGGUCAAUAUUGAUGACAGAUUCCCUCAGGAUUUCCUUUCCGAGUUGUUUUCCAAUAAUACCCCUGGCAUUGCUCCAAUGCACAAAGAUGGAGCUGGUGGUGUGAGUGUGAACAUGGAGAAUCGUGAGCCUAGACGGUGGUCUUACUUCCAGAAGUUGGCACAAGAAGAAUUUAUUGUGACGGAUGUUUCCCUUAUGGACCAAGACCAUCUCCCUGCUCCAUCAACAAAAAUCGAAGGGGAAAAUAUCGAGUCUCGCCAGUUUGCACCUUUGACAGCAGAUGUAGUUUCAAUUGGGCAAGAUUACUCCCAACUCAAUUUUGGUGAAGAAAGUCGGAGUAAUUUGCCACCUAGGGUCACUGAAGCUUCUGAUAAUGUAUCGGACUAUGAUCAUCCCCAGGCGAAGGAAAUUGACAGCAUGCAGUUUGAGGUCAUGAUUGAGAAUCUAAAACCUGAAUCUGAAUACGAGGAUCUGAAUUUGGAAAACAAGGAUAUCGGUCUUCCUCCUGUGAACCCUUCUCUAGCGGAUAUCGAUUUUAGUUCUUUGCAGAUAAUAAAGAAUGAAGAUCUAGAAGAACUAAAAGAACUUGGUUCGGGUACUUUUGGGACAGUCUACCAUGGAAAAUGGAGAGGGAGUGAUGUUGCCAUUAAGAGGCUGAAGAAAACCUGUUUCACGGGUCGCUCAUCAGAGCAACAAAGACUGACUCUAGAGUUCUGGCAUGAAGCCGAAAUUCUUUCGAAGCUGCAUCACCCAAAUGUGGUGGCAUUUUAUGGCGUCGUUCAAGAUGGUCCCGGGGGAACAUUAGCUACUGUGACCGAAUACAUGGUUGAUGGGUCUCUUAGGCAUGUUUUACUCCGAAAGGACAGGUAUCUAGACCGACGCAAGAGGCUUCUAAUUGCUAUGGAUGCUGCAUUUGGAAUGGAGUAUCUACACUCAAAGAACAUUGUGCAUUUUGAUCUAAAAUGUGAUAACUUGCUAGUCAAUAUGAAAGAUCCACAACGACCAAUUUGCAAAGUUGGUGACUUCGGACUCUCGAAAAUCAAAAGAAACACCUUGGUCUCCGGAGGCGUGCGAGGGACUUUACCGUGGAUGGCCCCUGAACUGCUAAACGGCGGCAGCAAUAAGGUCUCCGAAAAGGUUGAUGUGUUCUCUUUUGGGAUUGUGUUAUGGGAGAUACUUACUGGAGAAGAGCCCUAUGCUAACAUGCAUUACGGUGCGAUCAUAGGAGGAAUUGUGAACAACACUCUAAGGCCAACGAUCCCGAGCUUCUGCGAUCCAGAAUGGAGGAGGUUGAUGGAGCUGUGUUGGGCACCAAAUCCUGCAGCAAGGCCCAACUUCACUGAGAUUGCUGGGCAGUUGAGAACAAUGUCAGCUGCAGCUGCUAGCCAAAGUAAAGGACAUGGUGGUCACAAACCACCAAAGUAAAUGGGCAUGUCCCAUUUAUUGUGUACUCCACUUUCAAGAAAAAAAGGUUCCCCCUACUUUAUUAUUUUAGCUGUUAUGGUAAGGUGAUUCAUUUUGAGUUUGAUAGUCUGGUAAUGGAAGAGUAAAAGAGGGAGGACAGGGCUUCUUCCAUUGAUGUUUUUAAAAUGGAAUAGGAUGUUCUCCCUGAACUCCAUUGAUGUUUUAGAAAAAUGCAACCAGUUCAUUUCUAUUUAGUCCAACUUCUGAAAGCAAUAAUGCAGCAAACUCGCAUCGGUGGUUGAUUCAAGAUAUUUGGUUUAGGCUGAUGGUCACUACGAACUUCAUUUUCAUUAUAUACUCUAAUGAGUUGUUGAUUCAAGAUAUUUAUGGGUUAAUUGCAUGUUUGGUCAUUGAUAUUACAAAAAACGUUUAAGUUUGGUCACUCGAAAUAUUUGAAUCCAUUGGUGGUACUUCAGUUUACUGAAAUCGUUCACGUUUGGUCACUCUCCUUCCAACUCCGUUAACUUUUGCUUACGUGAUGGUCAACUCUAAAAGUUGAUCGUUAAAUAGAUGACGUGACGAUUAAAAACAUUUUUAUUUUUAUUUUUUCAAUUGCCACCCCAUUUUUAGAAUAAAUUAAAAUAAAUAAAAUAAUUAUAAUUACCGAACUUAUAUCUCACCUCCAUGAUUUCCACUUCCCUGCUGGAUAGCAGAAGUUUGCGACGGCAGUGCGAGCGAAGCUCAAAUCAGAUGACCUUCCCAAACUGUCUCCCGCUUCUUUUGUCGCGUCAGAUGGGCAUCACUACUGUGUCGUUUUGAUUGGCUUCCCACUUCCAUGAUUUCCACUUCAUGGCGAAGCGAUUCAAGAAAUUCGCAUAUGGGAUUUCGGAUCUGGUGGUCGGGAAGUUGAGGGGGAUACCGGGUCGGUCUCCACGAAGCUAACCACGGGCAAAAGGAGACGGCAAGGGCAUUUUUUUGAGGAACGUGAAUCAUACGCAUAGGAAGCUAAGGAUCGACGGGAGCUUCUCCUGGAGGAAGUUCCGACAGUUUAAGGUUCCAGUUUUGGCCGGGAUCGCCUCGGGAACGUGGUUUCUCGAUCAUCGUCGAUACCUCCACCACGUCGAUUUCUGAAUCUCCCAUUGCCGCGUCGAUUUGCAUAAUGGGAAGGUGAAGCCGGCCGUUGAAAUCAAAUCGACGUGGGUUUAGGUACUCAUUUACCAAUUCACCCCUGCUGGUGGAGGAAGCCCUCUGUGGAAAGCUCUUAGAUCUGUCCAGAAUUGACUCUUAUCUAAUGAAGUUGUUCGAGGUGGAAGCCUACAAGGUGUGGGCCGCCAUGGAGCUUGGAGCACGAGCAUGAGGUUCGGGGGCGAAGAGGGAGAUGGAAGCGGCGGAGCUCCGGCGUUGCACCAAUCUCUAGUGAAAAAAUCAAUAUGCUACUUACCCAUUGAUGCCCUUGUCGUCAUAUGCUUGCUCAGACGUUGUAUUAUUUCCUUUUUCUUUUUUUUUUGUUGUUCUUCUUAUGGUUGAAACGAGAUAAAGAGGAAGCCCAUGAAUUAGGUGGAGGAAGAUCUUAUUGAGUUGUUGUCGUCCCUUGUAUUUGUGGCGAAGAAAUUUAUUGUCCAAUUCAAUCCACUUUGGAAAUAGAGAAGUGAGUAUCCAAACAAAUACGCUACUGCAAGAAUAGCGAUGUGCCGGGAACUGGAAUCAGCGGCGGCCGACGACGGCUUGGCGAUGAGGAGCUAGCGGGCGAAGGUCCGAAUUAGCGGGCUUUUGGCUUUCCUUUUAUCUUUAUUUUCUAGUUUUAUUUUCUAAAGUUGAGAAAAAAUAAGGUGUAAAUUAAAAAUAUUUUAUUUUUAUUUUGUAAUAGCCACGUCACUCAUCUAACGGUCAACUUUUAAAGUUGACCGCCACAUAAGCAAAAGUUAACGGAGUUGGACGGAGAGUGACCAAACGUGAACAGUUUCAGUAAACUGAAGAAUCACCAAUGAAUUUAAAUAUUUUGA